AUGGUGCUGCUCAAGUCUCGACAUCCGGACCUCGCAUAUCCCACAGAUGUGACGACCUGGCAAUGGCUGUUUGAAGACCCGAGAUACUCACCAUUAUUGAACAAGACGCGGUCGAAACCGCUAGGAGCCUACAUCAAUGCCGUGACUCGUGAGCAGCUCGACUACCAGCAAGUGAAGGAUAAGGCCACGGCUCUUAGCACCGUCCUGGUGCGCAAAUAUGGCCUCCAACCCGGGGAGGCCGUCUCGCUAUUCAGCACCAACUCAAUAUGGUACCCAGUGGCGAUGUGGGCAGUGAUCAGACUAGGCGGACGCGUGAAUGGUGCAUCGCCAGCGUACACGGCUGAGGAGAUGACACAUGCCUUGAAGACAGCCAAGUCGAAGAUACUCAUCACGCAGCCAAGCGCUUUGACGGUCGCGCUCGCAGCUGCCGAUAGUGCUGGUAUACCUCACUCGAAUGUGGUGUUGCUGGAAGGGACCGCCGAUGGAUUCGUCUCGAUACAGGACCUCAUCGAGCAGGGACAAGGCAUGGAUCCCAUCCCGUCAUGGCGAAUACCCGCCAAUACGGACAAUCGCAAGGUCUGCGGCUAUCUCAACUUCUCUUCUGGCACGACUGGUCUGCCUAAAGCCGUUAUGUUGUCACAUCACAACAUCAUCGCGCAAUGUAUGCAACUGCAACAGCUUCAGCUCAUACCGCCAAGCGGCUAUUCCAUCCUUGCCGUCAUGCCUUUGUUUCACAUCACUGGUCUGGUGCGAUUCUGCACAUACCCAAUCCUCCUCAACGGCGAUUCCGUCAUGCUUCCGUCAUUCACACUCCCUGGCAUGUGCCAAGCUAUAGUCGACUUUCAAAUUCACGAGCUGAUCCUGGUUCCGCCAAUUCUCAUCCGCCUCGUCCGCGACCCUAUCGUUUCCAAGUAUGACCUGCGAUGUGUGCAGCGCUGGAGCAGCGGUUCGGCGCCGAUCUCGCCGGGCAUCAUCAAGGAACUACAGCAGAAGUUCCCCUGGACAGGCUUCCGACAGGGAUACGGUGCGACGGAAUCCACUGCAUGCAUUUCGUGCCACCCACCUAGCCACUACGAUUAUAAGUACGCUACGACAGGGGGGCUACUGGUGGCGAAUACGGAAGGUAAGGUCAUCGAUAUCGACACGGGCAAGGAGCUUGGGAUAGGAGAGACAGGCGAGAUCUGUGCAAGGGGUCCACAAAUCGCCAUGGGCUACCUAGGCAACGAUGCAGCAACAAAGGAGAGUUUCGAUGCGGAUGGAUACCUGCAUACUGGAGACGUUGGACAUUUCGACGAAGAAGGACUGAUACACAUCGAGGAUCGGAUCAAGGAGAUGAUCAAAGUCAAAGGUCUACAAGUCCCUCCAGCGGAGCUAGAAGAUCUCCUGCUCACACAUCCUGACGUCGAAGACUGUGCAGUACUGGGCAUUAAGGACGAAUAUAGCGGAGAGAAGCCCAAAGCGUUCGUGGUGCUGAAGAAGGGCGUGGUGGAGGACGUGGCACAGGGGCAUAAGGUGUUGAAGUGGGUCAAGGACAACAAAGUCCGGUACAAGUGGCUGGCAGCCAUCGAGUUCGUGAAAGAGGUACCGAAGUCGCCAACGGGAAAGCUGCUGCGGAGGGUACUGAAGGUGAAGGAGCAGAAGGGUGAAGGCCGGGGUCUUCAGGUAUGGGAGGAGAAAGCGAGGCUAUAG